AGAACCGGGAGGGCGGAGUGGCCAAGGAGGAGGAGCUGGGCGUAGGGGCGACUGCUGGGGAGCGCGCGUAAGUCCAAGCAGGUCCCGCACCGCCACCGGUCGUCCGCGCUAGCGGCUGCGGGGAAGAAUUAGCCAAACUGGAGAGAGAGCGGAGCCCAGAGACCCCGUGCAGUGGUCGUAACCUAUGUAGUCCCGCUCCAGCCCUGCACCCUUCCCCGUUAGCUUGGACCGAUGAUACGCGUCACUGGAGACCGGGGAAGUUGAGGUGGUGGCUGUCUCACUUGGUCCGCUAGAGACCUCUCCAUCGCCCUUAUGGCGCUACCUGUGGCCGAGGGCACUGCUGACACGCCGCUGUCCCCGACCCGGGACGACUCGGGGAGCUCCUCCUCCGGGAUGUGGGCCGCGCUUUAUGAUUACGAAGCGCGCGGUGAGGACGAGCUGAGCCUGAGGCGCGGUCAGCUGGUGGAGGUACUGUCCCAGGACGCCGCGGUGUCAGGGGACGAGGGCUGGUGGGCCGGCCAAGUGCAGCGGCGCCUGGGCAUCUUUCCGGCCAGCUACGUGGCGCCAUGUGGCCCGGUGCCGCCGCCGCCCCCGCCUGCGCCGCCCGCGCCGCGACCCUGCUCGCCGGUGCACGUAGACUUCGAACGCCUGGAGCUCAAGGAACUGAUCGGCGCCGGCGGCUUCGGCCAGGUAUACCGCGCCACCUGGCAGGGCCAGGAGGUGGCGGUGAAGGCGGCACGCCGGGACCCCGAGCAGGACGCGGCGGCGGCGGCUGAGAGCGUACGGCGCGAGGCGCGGCUCUUCGCUAUGCUGCGGCACCCCAACAUCAUCCAGCUGCGGGGUGUGUGCCUGCGGCAGCCGCACCUCUGCCUGGUGCUGGAGUUCGCGCGCGGCGGGGCGCUCAACCGCGCGCUGGCAGCCGCCGCUCCGGAUCCCCGAGCGCCCGGCCCGCGCCGCGCGCGCCGCAUCCCCCCGCACGUUCUGGUUAACUGGGCUGUGCAGAUCGCCCGCGGCAUGCUGUACCUGCACGAGGAGGCGGUGGUGCCCAUCCUGCACCGUGACCUCAAGUCCAGCAACAUUUUGCUGCUGGAGAAGAUAGAACAUGAUGACAUUUGCAACAAGACCCUGAAGAUCACGGACUUCGGGCUGGCAAGGGAAUGGCACAGGACUACCAGGAUGAGUGCAGCAGGGACCUACGCCUGGAUGGCUCCCGAGGUCAUCAGAUCCUCCCUGUUCUCCAAGGGCAGCGACAUCUGGAGCUAUGGAGUGCUCUUGUGGGAGCUGCUCACGGGUGAGGUCCCGUACCGUGGCAUCGAUGGACUGGCUGUGGCGUACGGGGUGGCUGUCAACAAGCUCACACUGCCCAUUCCAUCCACCUGCCCUGAACCGUUUGCAAAACUCAUGAAAGAGUGCUGGGAACAAGACCCUCAUAUCCGCCCCUCGUUUGCCUUAAUUCUUCAACAGCUGACUGCGAUCGAAGAGGCAGUGCUGACCGACAUGCCCCAGGAGUCUUUCCAUUCCAUGCAGGAAGACUGGAAACUGGAGAUUCAACAAAUGUUUAGUGAGCUGCGAACCAAGGAGAAGGAGCUGCGUUCCCGAGAGGAGGAGCUGAGCAGAGCUGCCUUGCAACAGAAAUCCCAGGAACUGCUGCUCAGGCGCCGGGAGCAGCAGCUCGCAGAGCGCGAGAUCGACGUGUUGGAGCGCGAGCUGAACGUGCUCAUCUUCCAGCUGAGCCAGGAGGCGCCUCACGUGAAGAAGAGGAAGGGGAGGUUCAGGAGAGGCCGGCUGAGGCUCAAAGACGGCCACCGCAUCAGCCUGCCUUCAGAUUUCCAGCACAAGAUCACAGUGCAGGCUUCCCCAACCCUGAACAAGCGCCGGAGCUCAGACAGCCGACUGUGCAGCCCACCCAGCAGCCCCUUGAUGCUCCCCCGCCUCCGAGCUAUUCAGUUAACUUCAGAUGAGAGCAAUAAAACCCGAGGAAGGAACAUGAUCUUCCGCCAAGAAGACUUUGAAGAUGUGAAAAGGAGUUUCAAGAAAAAAGGUUGUACGUGGGGACCAAGCUCCAUUCAAACGAAGGAAAGACCAGAAGGCCGAGAGCGGGUCAGACCUCUCUCAGAUGGCAACAGCCCUUGGUCAUCUCUUUUAAUAAAAAGCCAGAAAACCACACCCUUGGCUUCACUGUUUGUGGACCAGCCAGGAUCCUGUGAAGAGCAGAAACUUGUCCCUAAUGGAUUAGAACAUAGAAAACCAAAGCAAACAAAGUUCCCUGGACAGGCCUACGUUGGUCUACCUCUUUGCAAUGACAGCCAGAGGGAAGACUCAUCAGAGGCUGAGAGUCGGGAGGAGGGACCCUCUAGGGGCUCCCCAGUGAACAAUGUGGGGGCACCCAUGCUGAGGAAGAAAACAGAGUCAGCUCUGUGUGAGUGUGGGGUGCUGCUGGCGUCCAUGGCUUUGGGACUGGAUGUCAGGAAACUACAUGGAGCCCAGGCCCCCACCAAGCCAUCACCCAAGGAGGAGAAGAAGGGAGAGGGCACCCUCCAACCUGUCUUCAGGUGCCAAGCAAGUUCCAAUUCACUUCAGAAGCAGCCACCUGCAGGCAGGGCACCCAGUGAUGCCUCCACUCUCCUGCUGCCGAGUACCACAAGCCUUUUCUCAAAGUCUUCUCUCUCCACGAAGUGUUUGCUGCAGGCCGAUGAGGAGGAGCCAUCUUUGGGGAAUGCUCAGAUCUCUUGUGGUUCCACAAUGCUCACUCCAGGUCCUGGUACUGCUGCACCAGAGAGUGCCUAUGAACUCAUCCCUGGACUGAGAUGUAAGACUGACUAUGGUGUGUUGAGAAGCACGUCGCCUGCCACCCUGGAGCAGACAGGGAAGAGACUGCCAGGCUGUGCCAUUGUAGGAGACAAAGAAUGCCACCGAGUGCAGAUGGGAUCUGAAGAAGCUUCUCUCAGGCCCCAAAGUGCCCCUGAAGGCUCUGGACCACCACACUCUCCCUCCCCUGGGCCUCCAAGUGGCCUGGCCAGCCAUGCCUCUCCUGUGCAACCCCAAGGUGUUCUGGACAAGGACCAGGCAUGCCCUGCCCUGCCCCAAAGGCCACGCACUGCUUCAUUGAGAACAACAUCUCCACCUACCUGGGCCUGUGACAAGGACCAUACGGUGCCAGCCCUUGCCUGCUUUCUUGGUGCUCAGGAGAGAAGCAGGUACCAGGCUCCUUCCUUGCUGGAUGCCAGCUUCGAAAGUCAGAACAAGGACCGUGCCAUGCCCUUGUGUAGAGUGAAGAGCGUGAUGUGCCAACCGUCCAUCUAUGCCCUAGAGAAAGACUUUCUGACCUGAUGACCUCUGCUUUCCACCAUUAUCAUUUGAUGGGGAGACAUGGGAGUCACUGUGUGCCUUGUGCUGUGUCUGGAACUUGUGGCCUGUGAAGCUAGAGGUGGAUGCUGACUCUGAGGAGCACUAGUGACUGCUGUUGGCUGUCCGUAUCACAGCUACUGCAUGCUAGUUACCCAGUGACUUGAAAUACAUAGAACUUCAAAUGCAUGUCAGCGGAGGUGGGGUCAUCCUAGCCGGUUCCUGUGCUUCUGUCUUACGGAUGUCCUGCCCACGAGCACACGCGCUGUGGAACUUCAACGGCCAAUCCUCUUUGCCUCCUGCCUUCAUCUUUUCUCUCUUUUUUUCUUGUCCUUUUUGGGGUUUUGUUUGUUUGUUUUUACACAACAAAAAGCCAAGAAAUAGCUAUUCACUUCCCAGCAAUAAUAAUGUGAUGUUAAAAAUAAACAUAUUUAUUUAUGCGGGGGGGGGGUGGGGUGGGGGAGGGGAAGGUCCUACUGUGUGGAGUUAAUCCAGAGUCCUAUUUAAACUACCCAGAGAAAGAAGUAGCCUUGUAAUGUGUGGAAGUGUGACCAGUUGACUCCCGAGUUACACAAGGGUAGUUGUCUUCUAGGAGGUUUCACUGGAUGUGGCCUAUAAAAGCUUUAUGGAGGCCUGAAGAGAUGGCUCAACAGUUAAGCAUGCAUAUAGCUCAUUUGGAGGGUCCUAGUUCAGUUCCAGGCACUCAUAUCAGAUCGCUCACAACUGCCUGUGACUUCAGUUCCAGGGCAUCCAGUGGCCUCUUCUGGCUUCCACAGACACUUUCAUUCAUAUGCAUGUACGACCACGCAGAUAUACACAGACACAUACUUAAAAGUUAAAAGUUCAAAAGUUUGCUUGAAUCUAACAAUAUUGUUAUUUUUGUAUCAUGUAACCAAAAUGCCCUAGAACAACCUAAAGGGAGGAACUAUUUUACUUUGCUCGUGGUUUUGGAGGGAUCAGUGUAACCGUGGGAAGGGCCUAGUGGAGUGUCUUCACAUCUUGGUGGACAGGAAGCAGAGGGAGGGGGAGACAGAAAGAAAACAGGGCAACAUACAGCUCCAGGGGACACCCUCACUGAACUUGUCCCCUGUUUCUAUACCUUCCCAAAGCAGCACCCCUACAUGGAGACCAUACAAGAAGAGCCCAUGGGGGGGAUGUUUCAGAUUCAGACCUUAGCAGUAACUGCCGAGCAUCAUUGAGAUCAGGCGUUAAUAUUUGGCGCCCCGUACAAGGCUGCUCUGUAGGUUUCCCUGCAGAAAUGGCUCAUCCUUAGUAGCCAGAAAUGGAAAAAUUUUUUCAUGCUCUAGUAGUCUUUAAGAAUUAGAUGUUCCAUGGCCGGCUAUGUUUGAAGAGCCCACGUGUGCUGAGGACAUACAUGUUGUGUGGUUUUAUCUCUCCCCGAGCCUGCAGUUUUGCCAACACUAACACUGCCUGUGCAGAAGAUGGCAGGACAGGUUUCCAGUCAGCGUUUCACGCUCCAUUUAACUCUGAGUCAACAAGGGCAUCUCUAGGGGUGAGCAGGAAUGGCAGGAAG